AUGGCUCAGAGAAAGAAGAAAAAAGAGAAGUGGCCUGAUGACCCCGUGACCCAGACCCCGCGACCCAGACCCUGUCACCCAGACCCCGUCACCCAGACCCCGUCACCCAGACCCCGUCACCCAGACCCCGUGACCCAGACCCCGCGACCCAGACCCUGUCACCCAGACCCCGUCACCCAGACGCCACCCCGUGACCCAGACCCCGUCACCCAGACCCCGUCACCCAGACGCCGUGACCCAGACCCCGUCACCCAGACCCCGCGACCCAGACCCCGCGACCCAGACCCCGUGACCCAGACCCCGCGACCCAGACCCCGCGACCCAGACCCCGUGACCCAGACCCCGUGA